AUGGACGAGACAGUUAUACCCGACUCCCAGCACGACACCGAACUCGCGCGCAUCCGCUCCCAAAUCCAAGCCCUCCGCACCCGUCGCUCCCUCCUCCAAACCACCCUCCUUUCCUCCCCUCAUACCCUCACCCGCCUCAACCGCGCAAAAGCCACCCAACACGCCCCUCCCCCAGCCCUCACCGACGCGCUCAAAACCGUCCAAUCCCACCACCGCCUCCUGCAACAAACCUCCCACCGCCUCGCCGCCGGCGCAACCGCCUUCCUCGUCCAGGACCCGGACCCCGCAGCCGCCGGCAUCGACAGCGGACGCGUGCUGGGCGUGCGCAUCGAAGCCAGCGUCCGCGGCCGGUUUGCCGACCCUUACUUCCUGCUGCUGCAUCGGCCGUGGCAGGGCUCGGCGGCACUGAGGGUGCACAAGCAUACUAUUCCGCCGUGUGUACCGCUGCCUGCGCUGCUGGCGCGGUGGCUCCCCGCGCCGCUGGAGAAGGAUAAGGAAGGUGCGGGGAAGAGGCAGCGGGGGCGGAGGCAGGAUCUUGGCCGCUUGGUUAGGGAGAUUAGGAGGGAGGUGUUGAGUCUGCACCUCCGGCUUGCGGCUGUCGAGACCUUGCGGCGGGAAGUUGGGUUGGCGCCUUCUGAGCCCGCUGCAGCGGCGGUCAUGGAGGCGACGGAGGAAGAGGAUGAUGCCAUUGAUGAGGAACAAGGCGUGGAGCAGCCACCGCGCAGGUCUGACGCUCAUGUACCAGCGAAGGGCGGAAUAGAGGACAUCAAGGCCCUAGAUCCCAGCGUGCGCGAAGUAGAAAUUACUUGGGCGGAUGGGAGGAUAGCGAGGAUGAAGAUUGCGCGGGAUGGCAGGAUCGAGGGCGCUGUUGUCAGGGAGCAUGGAGAGGGCAUGAGGGGGAGGAGGAACCGAGAUGUUGAGAAGAUGAUUCUGGGAGGGGAUGGAAGAGUUGAGGGGGUCGUGAGACGGCUGCUAGCAAAUGAGGGCGGAGGAGGGAGUUGA